AUGGCGCCCGUGCAAUUCUGGUCAACGCCGCUCACAUACCUCCACUGGGCGGCACGGAGAAAGCCCGCGAUUUUCUGGUCCUUCAUCGUUGGCGGGAUGGGUCCGAUCACAGUUCUUGUUGUUCCUCCAAUUCGUGAAUACCUUGGCGAUGGACCACGAAGGGCGAUUCCGUUGACGUACCCGAUUCCCAAAGGUCCACGAAACAUUCCAACGGGAUACGAUGAUUGA